UCAUCAGGAAGUCCAAAGAAAAUGGCAAGAAUAGGAACCUCAAUGGCUUCUUCAAUCACAAUCUUUUUAGUGAUUUUCAUAUCUGUUAGCUUUCCUUCAAGAACCAUAGCAAAUGGCUAUUUCUAUGAUUCACCACCACCCCCAACUCCAGUUUACACAUACGAAGCACCACCACCACCUACACCUGUGUACGAGAUGAAGUACAAGCUUGCACCCGAGUACGAGCCUCCCGUUUACAAACCUCCAAUUCAUAAGCCCCCUGUUUACCAGCCUCCCGUUUACAAGCCUCCAGUUUAUAAGCCCCCUGUUUACAAGCCUCCAGCACACAAACCUCCGGUUUAUAAGCCUCCUGUGUACAAACCCCCUGUUUACAAGCCUCCGGUUUAUAAGCCUCCCGUUUACAGGCCUCCCGUUUACAAGCCUCAUGUUUACAAGCCCCACGUUUACAAGCCUCCUGUUUACAAGCCCCACGUUUACAAGCCUCCGGUAUACACCCCAGUAUACAAACCCCUAAUGUACAAGCCUCCAGUUUACAAGCAUCCUGUGUACACUCCAGUUUACAAGCCACCCACCCCCGUCCAUUGAUAACAAUGAUAAUAUGUCAACACCCCCGCCCCCCCCACCCCAAGUUCAUAAAUACCAGUGACUACCUUCUACAUUAUUGUUACCAUGUAAAAAUUACAACCUCCAACUACUCUAGCAUCCAAACAUUAAUAAUUUUUGAAGCAUCUCGAAACACAGAGAGCAUAAGGGACGAACAUGUAGAGAUGUUUCAUUGUAUAUGUUAUCACUAAUUUAUUUCAGUGUGUAUUUGGUGUGUAAUUAUGAGCCAUUGAAACUCUAUGUUGCUAUAAUUUCAUUUAUUUUGUACGGUUGGAAAUUAUAAACUUUGUAUCUACACUUUAUUUUGAAUUUGAAUGAAGAUA